UUCAUAAUACCUUAACUACACACAUCAACAGAUAAUCCCAACCACUUUUUCCUUUGACUAUUUGGCUGGACAAACGGACGCCAAACCAAGAAGAAAUCUUUAUGAACAAAGGAGUUCAUCUUUAUCAUAGAGAGAGACUUGUCAAUUGGGUUGACGACGCAUAUAAAAGAUCAAACUUAUCACCCUCUGGAAAUAAGGUUCCCUGUCUGUCGUCUGAUGUAUAAAGGACGUUUGAUUGUUUUAAUUAGAAACGAUACUUAUUCUUGGAUCAACAACAAACAUUUCCACUCAAUGGCCUCUUUCUUUUCUGACGUCACCGUGAUAACCCUUCAAUCCUCACUGAAGAACGAUUCGGAUAGACUUCGAGAUCUCUUGUAACGAGACCACGUACGUUUCUCCACAAGAACUAAAGAAACGUCUAAACUACCUCUAUUUACAGAUUACGUAAAGGUAUUUCACGUAAAUAUAGACGUGCGCCGGUAAACGUAAGACCAUAACCCAGGCUUAACGCCAGAGAAACUGUUGGAAGGAACUAGUUCCACCUUUUGUCAAGCUGAGAAAACCAAGUGAGAGCUUUCUUUCUUCAAUCACGAAGUUUCAAGAUGCACCAGCCCUAUCCCUGGCCAGAGUGUAGAUUUGAAAGCGAACAAGAAAGAGCCUUCAGAAUGGCGGGGAUGUUUGGCAGGCUUCCACCUUACCCCAUGAAUGGUCUCAACUACCCUUCACCAAACUUCGAUUAUUUUGGCGCCGACGCUCAUGGACAAAUGUUUGGGCCACCAAGAAAACAAAGAAGAGAAAGGACGACUUUCACAAAGAACCAGCUAGAGAUUUUGGAAGAGCUGUUUGCCAAGACGCGUUAUCCUGAUAUAUUCAUGAGAGAAGAGGUUGCAAUCAAAAUCAAUCUUCCUGAAUCAAGAGUACAGGUGUGGUUUAAAAACCGAAGAGCAAAACUUCGUCAACUAAAUAAAGGACAAUCGAAAUCCUCACCGAAACCAGCCAAACGAAAAUCACCGUCACCAGAACCGCAACCAAACAAGACACCUUCACCUCCCGUAACUAACCAUUACGUCAACAGUAACCCAUGGCAACAACAAGGAGUAGAUAUGAGAAUGCCAGUGGCACGAUCAAAUUAUCAGCCUCCACCAAACAUGAUGAAUGGAAUGAUGGGUAAUGUUAUGAAUGGAGCGUGCGCAGUAGGAGGAUCAGGACCAAGGUUUAUGCCGCCCCAUCCACCACCGUCAGCAUAUCAUCAUCCCUCGCAGGACUAUCCAUAUAUGGGCAAUAACAACAAUGGUGGGAUGAACAGCAGCAUGCCGGGAAAUCCCAAUGGACCGCCCAACUAUUAUUCGUCAUCUAUGAUAUAAAUGGAAAUUUCAAUACAGAUUCAUCUAAAUAUAUGUAUAUAAUAUUAUGACAAUUACCGUAAAAAAAAACUCUAUUUCAAGGUUUUUCAUCUAUGAAUAAUGAACAGAACGUCGAAGAGCUUGAUGCUUUUAUAAUUGGCUAUCCAAUCUUUCGCAAUGUGCAAUAAUGUAGUGUAACUGAAGUCUAGUCUUCUUAGCCUCGAAAGCUUAGCACUGUAUAGCACAGCACAUAUCAUGUAUGUCUCUUUCUCCAUGUUAACCAUGCACUGUAGUCGCUACAUUGUGCUUUACAGCUAUUUAAAAAAGGUUGUUGGAGUAAAUAGUGAAUGGAAGUUGCACGACCGAAAGGCAUGAUGGGUAAUGAAUAUCUGUGUAAUUAWUACCAAUAAUUAGAUAUUUUUGAAUCAUAUGAAAAUUAAAUAGUAGAAAUACAUUAACAAGAUCUAAAUAAUUACUAGGAUCACACUUGUAUUGAUAAUGCAGUCAUAGUUCCUUUCAGUCAUGCAAUUCCCUUUUUGUGUCUUUUUUUCAGACAACAUUUAUUGAAUGAGCGAUAUGCAGUUCCUUCUGAGUAUGUWUAGGUUUGCGCUUUCGUAGCUUGAGUAGGUUAGGACGUAACCAUGCAUUCAAAUCAUCCAAUUAAAGUCUUUAUAAAAUGUUUCUAGCAGAUAAAAACAAGUCAGUUUAGUUAGUCAUGAAAUACUUAUGUGGCUCUCAAAUUAGUUCAACAGUUAUUAUAUUUAUUAAGUGAGUUGUUGGGCAAAAGAAAUCCCUCAGAAUAGUAUAUAUUCAUCUGAUAACCGGUUUACUAUCCUUAAAUAUGUUACUAAAAUCAUUGUGAACUUGAUGUUUUCAAUCAUUCGUCUAAAUAAAAUGUGAUAUUGUGGAAACCGACAGGGGAUCCUUAACUA